AUGAUCAGCGCCACACCGAUGGACGACAUGAGGCUCAGUCCCAGCAAAGACCGCCUGACUUUCCAGAUCUUCCCGGACCCGUCAGACUUCGAGCGCUGCUGUAAGCUGAAGGACCGUCUGCCGUCGAUCGUGGUGGAGCCGACGGAGGGCGAGGUGGAGAGCGGGGAGCUGCGCUGGCCGCCCGAGGAGUUCCUGGUGAGCGAGGAAGAGGAGGACGAGGAAGAGUGUGACGGAAACCUGCAGAAUGGACAGAUGCAGAACUCUCAGCGCUAGAGAGGAUCUACUGACAUGAAUCACACACAUAGAAUAGACAAUCACACCAGCACAUACAGAACAACCGAUCCACUGACAUCCGCUCGCUCGGACUUCAUUCCCACCUCUGUGUGUGUGUGUGUGUGUGUGUGUGUGUGU